UUACCUCGCUACGUAAUGAUCAAAUUUUCAAUUGUGCGAAGAGCCCAGGACUUUUAUGCUGACAACGUCUCCAUGGAUCGCCCAGGAAACGCGUGUCGAAUGCGAUACCGUUUCCCAUAUUCCUUGCUCUUCCGUUCCGCAAAUCCGUGCCCUUUGAAAUGCAUCCCCAUCCCCCGCUGCUCUGCUCUUCCUCCCAUCGCCUCCAUCCAAACGCCAAUGAUCGCCGUCACUUCCCCAGUGCUCCUCCCUUGUCACAGUAUACGCCGCCUCCGCACGGCUCCUCUCCUCACUAUCUCCUCCUCCCUCUUCGGUCGCCGCCAUCGCUGGUCCACAGAACCCAAAACCUCCACUGGCCGCAACCUUGACCUCACAAUUGACGCUGAGGUCAUUGCAGCGCGUGUCUUAGCUGCAGGUACGCGCUUCCUACGCUCCUCGGAGGCGUCCGUCCGCGGUUUCCUCUCCGACGGCAGCGAUGCCUUCCACGACCUCCAGACUUCGGUUAGAGUGGACAGCGCGCGCAACCGCGUCGUCUUCUCCUGCCGUCAAUCGUCGAUUGUCUUUGUCGCAAACCUGCUCCUCUGGAGCUUCGUUGCAGUUUUAGUUGCCAGGACUGUUCUUUGGCUGAGGUACGGAUUCCGGUCGGGAUGGAGAUUGAUAGGUUCAGAGGUGAUUAGGAGGGAUCGGAGCCUAGGAGGGAAGGAAGUAGUGGUGGGAAGGCGGCUGAGGAGGGGUAAUAGGAACACGAAGAGUUUUAGGGUUUCAGCGAAUCCUCUUUCAACUGUGAGAGGGUAUGAACUACAAACAUCGGAUAAUGAGGCCAGAACUUGGACAAUGAAGCAAGAAAAGCUGCCCAACUGGUGGCCAGAUCCAGUUCCUCCUCCUGUGAUUAGCACAAGCAAGCAAGACUAUCAGAGAGAAAUUGAUAGGCUCGUUCGAGAUAUAAUGGAUUAUAGAAUGAGCGGGAAGGACUAUAGAUAUGAUGAUAUGAUCCAACUUCGUGAGCUAUGCAAGGUAUCUGGUGUGAAGGUCUCAUUUGAAACAGCUAAUGCACGGGAUUCUUUUUAUCGGGCAUCAGUAGACUUUGUUUUAAAUUGUUGCAGCAGAAAACAAUAUAGAGCAAUAAUACCAAGUGAGAAACCUCAAGUUGGUGACGAGGAUGCAAGACAAUUCAUUGCUGGACUUGCUGAUAAUAUUGGACUUACCAAUUCACGUGCUGCUACACUUGUAAGUGCAGCUGUUGCAGCUCGCACACGUUCAUGUUUUUUGCAAUGUUGGGCAUUGGAAGUUCAAGGAAAGCGAUCUGAAGCACUGGAGGAACUGUCAAAGCUUUGUCUUAUCCACCUGGCAUUUCCACCAGAGGAGAACUCGGCAGAAAUGGAGAUGGUAGGUAGCGGUCUCAGAAGACACUUGAGCACUGAACAAAGGAAGCACUUAUUUAGUCUGUAUAAAAAAGUUUGUGUUGCUGAUAGUUACAGAUCUAUAAUGGAAGCUCUAUCUUUGGAGCAUUUGCCUUCCGAACCCGAGGCUUAAGCUUUUCCCCGGAAGAUUUUUGCAGCAUUUCUUGGAUAAUGUUGAUCAAAAUUUUGAUACAGCACAUCCAAAUUGAGAUGAAAUAUGAAUAUGCGUAAAUUAUGCGAUAAGUAAUUGUAUAUUGCUGCUCCGAUUUUUUUUUUUAUUUAUUUUUUAUUAUUUUUUUAAAAUCUACUCGUGCUGGAAGACUUGAUAGUCAAAGACAUGACACAGGUUUACAAUGUAACAUAUAGUGACUGGGGAAUCCGAACGCGGACGUCGUCUUGAUUUCUUUUUUGAAUAUUUAUACAUCGAAGAUGAUUAUAGGAUCCAUUUGAUGUAUCAUACGCAAUCUCUAAUUAUUAAAACCUUUUAUUUGCA